CUGCGUUGUUAAAAUGGCCGUAACAUUCGCGUCUAGAUAGUAUAUUCAGUGUUUAUCGCCGAAGAGUCCAUGGAUUUGCCUCCGAGAGGUCCAUCCGUUGUUCAUGGGUUGAAGUCUUCGCGGAAUCCAAACCUCAAAAUUGUUCGAGUAAUAGUCGUUGAAGGAGUUGAUUUGGCUAAGAAGGACAUUUUUGGUUUAAGUGAUCCUUACUGUAAAGUAAAACUUUUCAGAGGAGAUCGGGAGUUUGGAGAGAUAGAUAGUGUUGUUACUGAAACUAUCAAAAAGACCUUACACCCUGUCUGGAAUGAGGGAUUUUUCUUUAGGGUUAACCCUUCAGAUAACAGGCUUUUAUUUGAAGUUUUUGAUGAAAAUAGAGUUACAAGAGAUGACUUUCUUGGAGAGGUUGAAUUACCCUUGGGUAUAUUGCCAACUGAAGGUUCAAAUGUGGAAAUCAGACCAGGAUAUUACAACUUAAGACCCAGAAGUAAUAAAUCAAGAGUUAAAGGCCAUUUGCAGCUAUUGAUAUCAUACCUUCCAUCAGAGGACCAGUCAUCUUCUCAUUCAACAACUCCCGCAUCAAACAUGAAUGCAGAUUCUAAUCUCAGAGUUGUUGAUGAUCAUUACCAAACUCCUGUAUCAAAUGUCACCAAUUUAGUACCCCCGACUACCACUAUCCAGGUUGAUCAACCUGUGCCUAGUGCACCACCACCACCAGCUGAUAUGGUAGCAUUGUCAUCAUCACCACAGCGAGUCCAGUCUCUUCCAGAUGUAGAGGAAACUCAAACUUCAAGACAAGAGGAGCCUUCCCUUCCUGAAGGUUGGGAAGAGAGACAGGAUGCUAUUGGUAGAACAUUUUACAUAGAUCAUGCAACCAGGACAACAUCUUGGAGACGCCCCAACAGGAGUAGUGGAUCAAGACAUCAAGAGGAGGUUCAGCAAAACGAUGAAAGGCGAGAAAGAAACUUCAGAAUACGACGACAUCUGAGUGUUGACGGUUCUGAACAGACUUCUAAUAACUCGACUGGUGCCAGCCUGGAGAGUCCCCCAGAAGAGUUAUUACCUCCUGGCUGGGCUAUGCAAACGGCUCCAAAUGGCAGAAUUUUCUUCAUUGAUCACAAUACCAGAAAAACAACAUGGCGUGAUCCUCGACUACAUCACCAUACCAGUGGAGGACCGUCCAUGUCACCAGAAAUUGGACGAUCAGCAACCCUUAGCCGAGAUCUUGGACCCUUACCAGAUGGCUGGGAGGAAAGAGUUCACCAAGAUGGCAGAGUCUUUUAUAUUGAUCAUAAUACAAAAUCUACUCAGUGGGAAGAUCCUCGAGUUCAGAUUAACAGCAAACCAGCCCAGGCUGUGCCUUACUCUCGAGAUUUCAAGAGAAAGUGCGAUUACUUCAGAUCCAAGUUGAAGAGACCGGUUAACGUUCCUAAUAAAUAUGAAAUUCAUGUGAGAAGAAACAAUCUUCUGUUAGAUUCAUAUCGAGGUGUCUUUGUUACUGUCACAAACACUGAGCUACUCAAGACGAGGCUCUGGAUUGUUUUUGAUUCGGAAACUGGACUUGAUUAUGGAGGGCUUCAAAGGGAGUGGUUUUACUUGCUAUCCAAGGAAGUGUUCAAUCCAUAUUAUGGUCUGUUUGAGUAUUCAGCAAGUGAUAACUACACGUUGCAAAUAAACCCAAACUCUGGUUUGUGCAACGAGGAACAUCUGUCUUAUUUCAAGUUUAUUGGCCGUUUAGCUGGAAUGGCCGUGUACCAUGGAAAACUACUUGAUGCCUUUUUUAUUCGUCCAUUUUACAAAAUGAUGUUGGGUAAACCCAUCACUCUUGUUGACAUGGAAAGUGUGGAUUCGGAAUACUAUAAUAGCCUGAACUGGAUCUUGGAAAAUGACCCAGAGGAUUUAGACUUGACUUUUAGUGUGGAUGAAGAGUUGUUUGGUCAGGUAACGGUAAAAGAUCUUAAGCCCGGUGGAUCAGACAUUAAAGUCACCAAUGCAAACAAAAGAGAAUACAUCAAUCUUGUCAUUAAAUGGAGAUUCGUAAGCCGCGUCGAGGAUCAGAUGAGAAAGUUCAUGGAGGGAUUUGGAGAGCUUAUACCUCACAACUUGAUUCAAAUAUUUGACGAAAGAGAAUUAGAGCUCCUUAUGUGCGGCUUGGGUGAGAUCGACAUCAAUGACUGGCGGAGGAACACGAAUUACCGCGGAGAAUAUAGUGAUAAACACAGCGUAAUCGUGUGGUUUUGGAAGGCUGUGGCGUCUUUUGACCUGGAGACUCGCGCAAGACUCCUGCAGUUUGUCACAGGAACAUCACGUGUCCCCAUGAACGGGUUUACCGAGCUAUAUGGCAGCAAUGGGCCGCAGAAAUUCACUAUUGAACCUUGGGGUACCCCUCAUUCCCUCCCAAGGGCCCAUACUUGUUUUAACAGGCUGGACCUUCCUCGCUACAGAACUUACUACGAACUUCGGGAGAAAUUGCGAUUGGCCAUUGAGAAUACACAAGGAUUUGAAGGCGUGGAUUAACACAGAAUUUUUGUCUUGAACUCGAGAUACUAUUCCUAUUAAUCAAAUGGAAGUAAAGGAAGUUCCUCUUCCGACUAGAACUUCUUAAUCUUCUUUUUCUUAUUUCCUUAGUGAAUGAACUUUUGAGAAAAAGUUGUUAGAUUCUAGCCUGUGAAUCACUUCAGGUUUUAUCUUACAUUAAUUCGGUGUAGUUGUUACUGUAAUAGUGUUUGUCCAAAUUGCUGCCAUAAACAAGAACUUGACCUAUGCAGAAAACACGUAGUGGUUGAGGGGAGGUCAGUUGUUCCGUGGGUAUAGUUGCCCAACAGUGUGCGAAUAUAACAUAAUAAUCGAAAGUAUUUAUUUACCAUUAGCUGGCUAAAUGUGGUGGGUAUUGAGCGCGAGAAAGUAGAGUUGAAACGUUUCGUAUUCAGUUUAUGGUGAAAAAAAAAAAAACUCAAGGAAACAAAAUUACUCAAGUAAGCAAAGAACUUCUGAAAGUUGAACCUUAUUGUGUGAUAAAUCUUUAAAGAGUUACCUUAAUAUUUUCAUUUGUUUGUCUAUCAAAGUGAGAUAGUACUGAAACACAAAGAGGAUAUAAUUUAAAACCAAAUAGGGACAAGGAUGUGCAGUAUGGUAAAGAUUAAAACGGAUUGCUGAUGACGAACUUGAAAAAUGUAGGUUUAUAAAAUUUUUAUAAAAUACAUAAACCGUGAAGGUAAGCGAUAGGGGUAUUUUUCUCAGACAGUUGAAAACUGUUAUGUUUUACAGUGAUAGGAAAAUAGUUGUAUUGUAGUAAUUCAACUACAAGGAACUCUCAUAUAAGUAGCUUUAGAUGUUCUCCAAUCGCUUAUUACAAAGUUUUCUAAAGAUUGAA